CUGGCAGAUCUGGGGUCUGUGUUGCGUGUGUCUAGAUGAAACUCAGUCUCGCGGCAGCCGGAUAUCUACCACACUGUUACUCGCACUGAUAGUAUUUCACCUGCUGGACUACACGCUGCCAUGCAUCUGUGCGCCUUUCUGCUGUUUCUCAUCGCCAGGAUCUGCGCUGAAAGUCAGGAGGGGCCAACAGCGGGCUGCACGUUUGAGGAAGACUCUGAUCCCAGUCUCUGUGAAUACAGACAGGCACAGGAGGACGAUUUUGAUUGGCAGCUUGUACGGACCUACAGCUGGCCGCACAUGACCUCUGACCUUACAAGGGGUUCCUACAUGUUGGUGAACUCCUCUCAGUAUGGUGUCGGGCAGCAUGCUCAGCUCAUGUUGCGUCCACUGAGUGAGAAUGACACACACUGUGUGCAGUUCAAUUAUUUCCUGUACAGCCGGGACGGGCAUAGUCCCGGGGCUCUGAGCGUGUACGUGCGUGUGAACGGCGGCUUGCGGGGAAAUAUUGUGUGGAACGUGUCCGGCUCUCAGGGGCGGCAGUGGCACCAGGUGGAGUUUGCCGUCAGCACCUUCUGGCCUAGCGAGUACCAGGUGGUUUUUGAAGCCACUGUCUCAUCUGAGCAGAAGGGAUACAUCGGCCUGGAUGAUAUAGUGCUGUUAAACUACCCCUGCUAUAAAGUACCCCAUUUCUCCAGACUGGGUGAUGUGGAGGUGAACGCAGGGCAGAACGCCACAUUCCAGUGUGUGGCCACUGGACGCUCAGCUAAGACCGACCCCUUCAUGAUGGAGAGGCAUAAUGGUGUUUUGAUGUCACCAUAUUCAGUUACAUCAUCAGUUGGUGAACGUCGAUUGGUUGCGUGGUAUCAGGUGGGUGGAGCCCAGCGUGCAGAGCAGGACAUGUACCGAUGCAUCACGCAGUCCACAUAUGGAGCCGCGGUGUCAAACUUUGCUGAACUCAUCGUCAGAGUCCCACCCACACCGAUAGCCCCGCCCCAACUGCUGCGCUCUGGCCCCACCUACCUGAUCAUCCAGCUCAACACUAACUCUAUAGUGGGUGACGGGCCGGUGAUCCGCAGAGAGAUCGUGUACAGGGCCAGUCAUUCGCCCUGGUCUGAAACUCAUGGAGUCAGCUCACUAACAUAUAAAGUCUGGCACCUGGAACCGGACACAGAGUAUCGCAUCAGUGUUCUCCUCACCCGACCCGGAGAGGGGGGAACCGGCCCGCCUGGACCCCCACUGGUCAGCAGAACCAAGUGUGCAGAGCCGAUGCGUCCUCUGCGAGGUCUAACGGCUACAGAGAUUCAGUCUCGGCAGCUGCUGCUGCAGUGGGAGCCGGUGGGCUACAAUCUGACACGCUGUCACACGUACUCACUGUUGCUGUGUUACCGCUACACCACCGCGACUGGGGGCGGAGCCGGUGGAAAUAACGCCACAGUGAGGGAGUGUCUGUCGGUGGAGAGGAACACUUCCCGCUUCACACUGCGGGAUCUGCCCCCAUUCCAUGCGGUACACGUGAGGCUGGCGCUGGCCAAUCCCGAGGGCAAGAAAGAGAGCCGAGAAGUGACGUUCCAGACUGAGGAAGACAUACCAGGUGGCAUUGCGCCUGAGUCUUUAACCUUCACCCCACUGGACGAUAUGAUCUUUCUGAAGUGGGAGGAGCCUCUGGAGCCCAAUGGUCUCAUUACACAGUAUGAGAUCAGCUAUCAGAGCAUUGAGUCAUCAGACCCCGGCAUCAAUGUUCCUGGUCCACGCCGCACUGUCUCCAAACUGAAGAACGAGACAUAUCACAUGUUCUCUGGCCUUCACCCAGGAACCACAUACCUGGUGUCCAUUCGCGCCCGCACCGCCAAGGGCUUCGGCCAGACCGCCCUCACCGAAAUCACCACCAACAUCUCAGCGCCGGCGUUUGAUUAUGACGACGUCCCCUCUCCUUUGAGUGAAUCAGAGAGCACCAUCACUGUACUGCUGCGUCCAGCCCUGGGGAGAGGAGCGCCUGUUAGCACGUAUCAUGUGGUUGUGGUGGAGGAGGACAGCUCCAGACAGGUGAGGAGGAGGGAAUUGGGUCACAUGGAGUGUUUCCCUGCGCUGUCCUCUCAUGCGGAUGCGCAAGGAGGAGGUGGAGGAGCGAGUGGCGCACCUUCUCAUUACUACACCGCUGAACUCCAGCCCAGCAGCUUACCUGAGGCCACUCCCUUCACCGUCGGUGACAACCACACCUACAACGGCUACUGGAACACUCCUCUGGACCCCAGCAAGAGCUACCUCAUCUACUUCCAGGCAUCCAGUAACUUCAGAGGGGAGACCCGGAUCAACUGCAUUCGGAUCGCUCGUAAAGUGGCCUGCAGGGACCAUAAGCAUGCUCUGGAAGUUUCCCAGCAUGCGGAGGACAUGGGGCUGAUCCUGGGGGCUUGUGCGGGGGGACUGGUGGUUCUCAUCCUGCUGCUGGGAGCCAUCGUGAUUGUCAUCAAGAAGGGAAGAGACAUCUAUUCAUACCCUUACUACCCCAGGAAAAAGGUAAACAUAAACAAGGCGGUCAUGACAUAUCGUCAGGACAAGAUUCAUAAGCUGGGUUCAUUGGACUGCAGCACGACCGAGCGCAGUACACUGCAACAGGAUGACCGCACUGCACACACCUUCAUGGAUUCACACAACUGCACUGCUAGGAAUGAGCAGCGCAGCACAGUAAACGAGUCCAGCAGCCUAUUGGGUGGUUCUCCCCGAAAACUUUGCAGGAGGAAGAGUUCUCCGUAUCACACUGGACAGCUCCACCCGGCUGUGAGAGUGGCUGACUUGCUCCAGCACAUUAACCAGAUGAAGACUGGAGAAGCAUAUGGCUUCAAACAGGAGUAUGAGAGCUUUUUUGACAGCUGGGACAUAAAUGAAAAGAAGGACAAGACCAAGGGCAGACAUGACACACUCCUGGGUCAGGACCGCCACCGUGUGAAAAUGCAUUCCCUCCUGGCUGAUCCAAACUCAGACUAUGUCAACGCCAACUACAUUGAUGGGUACCAGCGCUCCAACCAUUUCAUCGCCACACAAGGGCCCAAGCAGGACAUGAUCUAUGACUUUUGGCGCAUGGUUUGGCAGGAGAACUGCUACAGCAUCGUGAUGAUCACCAAACUGGUGGAGGUGGGGAGAAUGAAGUGUUGUAAAUACUGGCCUGAUGACAGCGAGCUGUAUGGAGACAUUAAAAUCACUCUAUUGAAAACAGAAACUCUGGCAGAAUACACUGUACGCACCUUUGCCAUGGAGCGGCGAGGUUACCCAGCCAAACAUGAGGUUUGCCAGUUCCACUUUACAUCCUGGCCCGAGCAUGGCGUCCCGUUUCAUGCUACAGGACUGCUGGCCUUCCUCCGGCGGGUCAAAGCCUCCACUCCGCCUGACACUGGGCCAGUGGUCGUCCACUGCAGUGUGGGUGCUGGCCGCACCGGAUGUUACAUAGUGCUGGACGUGAUGUUGGACAUGGCAGAAUGUGAAGGUGUGGUGGACAUCUAUAACUGCGUCAAGACACUCUGCUCACGGCGCAUCAACAUGAUCCAGACUGAGGAGCAGUAUAUAUUCAUCCAUGAUGCCAUACUAGAGGCCUGCCUGUGUGGAGAGACCGCUAUCCCCAUCAGUGAGUUUGCUCUCACAUAUAAGGACAUGUUAAGUGUGGACUCACAGACCAACACCUCUCAACUCCGAGAAGAGUUUCAGACUUUAAACUCCGUCACCCCUCACCUGGAGGUGGAGGAGUGCAGUGUCUCUCUGCUGCCGCGGAACCGUGAGAAGAACCGGAGCAUGGAUGUUCUGCCACCUGACCGUGCCCUCGCGUUUCUGGUGUCCACAGAGGGAGACGGCAGCAACUAUAUAAACGCGGCCCUGAUGGAUAGCUUUCUGCAGCCGGCUGCAUUUGUGGUGACCCCUCACCCUCUGCCCACCACCACCGCAGAUUUCUGGAGACUCGUGUUCGACUACGGCUGCACCUCCAUCGUCAUGCUUAAUCAACUCAACCAGUCCAACUCAGCCUGGCCUUGUUUACAGUACUGGCCUGAAACCGGUAUGCAGCAGUAUGGACCAAUGACAGUUGAGCUGCUUUCAAGGUCUACAGAUGAGAAUGUCAUCACCCGUCUAUUCAGGGUGAACAAUAUAACACGGUUGCAGGAAGGUCAUCUGGUGGUGCGACAUUUCCAGUUCCUGCGCUGGUCGGCUUAUCGUGAGAUUCCAGACUCCAAGCAGGCCUUCUUAAACCUGUUAGCACAAGUGCAGAAGUGGCAGAAGGAAUGUGGUGACGGUCGUACUAUAGUGCACUGCCUGAAUGGUGGUGGACGUAGUGGCACUUUUUGCGCUUGCACUAUGAUAAUGGAGAUGGUGCAUCAUCACAACAUGGUUGACGUGUUUUACGCUGUCAAGACUCUACGGAACUCCAAGCCCAACAUGGUGGAGUCUAUGGAGCAGUACCGGUUCUGCUACGAGCUGGCUCUGGAUUACCUGGACUGCUUUGAGGUCAGAUAACACCAGAGCUCAUGACUUGAUCAACACUGGCUCCAUUUUCUCCAUCUCGCCUCCUCUUUUUCCUGUCGCUUUGGCCAAUCUUGGCCAGUUUUAACGAGCCUGUCUUUUGUCCAUUGAGAAUGCACAUCUUAGUCAAGAGCGGGACUGCAAAACUUGGCACAUUUCUUUUACCUUCAAUGUAUAUCGUCCUAUGUGCACUUUUCAUUUUGAUGUUUUCUCCUCCUCUGGUUCCUCUUGCCAGAUAUUCCUGCCAAACAUUUGAGGACAUUGAUGAAAUUUGAUGACGUUAAGAUGACAACAUACAUCUUUGGUCAUGAGACUGGCACAGAGUUCCGCCUCUGUCUGCCCUAUAUGCCACAAAGCAGGAAAACACGUUGCAACCUAACAAAACCAUGCGACAGCAACAGUGAUAAAAUGGGUGAUAUUAUGUUUGUACAUUACGUGGUUUGUUAUACUCUGUACAUGGUGCGAUCUACUGUGAUGAUGCAGCUGAUUUUACUAGGAAGGACUUAAAUGUGAGAAUGUGAUGGUUGAUGGGGAUUUUGUUUUCAUUUUAUACUUAAAGGUGAUGUGUGAAAUUUUUUCAGUGUUUAUAUAUUUAGCGUUUUCAAGAUAAAUAUGCAUUGACAACUAUAAGAAAGCCAUUCCUUGGUUGAUUUUCUGAAGAGCCUCACUGUGGCUCAGUGGCUCUUUCUAAACAUUGCUCUGUCCAUCCAUCCAUUGCAUCCAUCCCAAAAGAGCAACAUUGAUUCAACCAAUGGUGUGAGUUUGGAGCGGGACUAUCUCUUUGUUCAACCUAAUGGCGGACAGAGGCAGUGUUCGGAACACCUGUUUGAAAAUUGGACUGACCAAACUUUGCAAAGUGAAUAAAGAUUUCUACCACAGCAUUUUAGACAAAGUUUUUUUGCAUACAUUAAUAAAUCACUUUAAUUAUCAAAGGAACAAAUAGCUUGCAUUUUUUUGCUUACUGAAGACUGAAAGCAGUUCAUUUUUAGUCUGUUCCUUUUUGGUGACGCUAGUGUUGCAAAAAUUACAUGCUUCACCUUUAAAUCAGGAUGUGCAAACUCUAAAUGUUAAUAUUUGGAUGGAAACAGAAACAAAGAUGGUUUUAGGGUUUAUUUCUUGUUUUUGUGUGUAUCUAUAUAAUAUAUAUAUUUUGCAAAACAGAACAAAAAAAUUCUAGAUGUUGUCUUUUAUGUGCCAACUCAUUUUUUGAAUGUGUGUAAGUUUGCAUGUAUGCGUGUGUGUGUGUGUGUGCAUUAGAAGUGGAUCAUUCAUGGAUCUGCAUGCCUGUUACACUUUCAUUGCAAUCCAUUGUGACUCGUCUGCUUUGGAAUAUUAAUGCCGGGUACACGCUCUGAUUGGGCGCACAGUAAAAAAGCGAAAUAUAAGAAAAUAAAUGAAAAAGCUACUAUGGGACUAAUGUGAGGCAUUCACCAA